UGUUGACAGUGUGUCCAAGUAACGAAAUCUUGUCAGAAUUUUCUAAAAUGAACUCGAUAAUGUGCGUCGUAAGUUGGAGCGUUCUUGUUUGUAUUGCACAAUGUAAUGCCGCUAAUCACUGUAAGAAUACAAUACCAAGUGUACCCAUCAAUGCUGCUACUUUGAUAUUGGAUAUACACAGAACAGAAGACAAAGUGAUUCAACUGUUAAUGUGUGAUUUUUCGUACGUGUUUGAACUACCAGAUGAAACAGAGCAGCAAUUCUUUCAAAUGACCAUUGUGAAUCUAUGCAAGGAUGGAUCUUGGAACUACAACCCGAUACCUGCGUGUAGAAAAAAGAAGUCAUGCGGUGGGGAAUUCUGGAAAAAGGCGCCCGGUGGACAAUGCUACUAUGCAAGUUUUGCUAAAACCUGGACCCAUAGUCGUGUUGAAUGUCAGCAACUUGGCGGAGACUUGGUCAUGUUUGAGACCAAAAAUGAAUAUGACUAUGUUGUUGAUUGGCUCAAGAAAAGCUAUAGGGCUAAUGGAAAGUGGGAUACCUCAAGUGGUUGGACGUUCUGGAUAGGACUUACUGAUAAAAAUAACGAAACUCAUCACUAUUGGGUCGGGAGUAAGAAGCAAAUGACGUGGCCAAUUCCUUGGAUACCUGAGCAUCGUGAUCAGAUUGAUAAGGUAAAUGAGUACCAAAUGCGUGACGCGGUUGUCAUGGUGGCAGGAGGACGGCAUAAUUAUGGUUGGAAAGAAGUUCCGAAUAAUUUCCUUUGGGAAGGUAAUCACUUACUGCGGCAUAAGGUCUGUGAAAAAAAGCCGGAUGGAUUACCUUAUCGAAGGUUUGCAGCUGAUAGAAUUAUGUUUCUGAAAGGAAAUGCUGUUGAUCGAGUGGAAUUCACUGUCGACGGAGUGUUCCUUGAUGACCUCGUUGUCAAACAUGUUCUUCUUCCACGCACGAUUAAAUACGCAUCGCCCAACUUGAGAGAUCUCAGGAAGUAUCUCAAAAACCAAAUGUCCAAAUUUAAGUUGGAAAAUACUAAUCCUAUGGUUAUGGAGGUUUCCCCAAGCGGGAAAUUGGCCAAUGGGAUCAGUUAUGUCGUCCAAAAUGGUCAAGGCAGCACGAAAGGAGUUCGCAUGGAUCUUACUAAUGGUAAAAUCAGUGAGAGAAACUCUAAUUAUUUUAACCAAAUAUUGGAGCAUAAACAAACACUUGAUGACGACGGAAUAUGGACCAAAGAAUAUUCAUUAAGGGUUGAUCUUGGAACGAGUGUGGAAGUGGUCCCUGGUGUUUACAUGAUAAAUGAACCACAUUCUGAAAUAAGUGAUCUAGUCUUCUUAUUCUUUGUAGGGAGCAAUGGUUGGAGCAACUAUACACCUUGGUUUCAAUGCGCUUGUGACAGAACUGAUGGCAAACUAAAGCAGAUGAGAUUUAGGAUAUGUGGCUCUGCUUAUAAGCCUGAUGUCUUCACCAAGCAAUGCAAUGGUGAAAAGUUUCGGAUAAGGGAGAGACCUUGUGAUGGAAACACUCUCAAAAUUAAAUGCACUGCUUCGUGGUCGAUAUGGCUACCGUGGUCCGAGUGUUCGGCCUCAGCGUGUGGCCGGGGAACCCGAACUAGACGUCGCACGUGCCCGACGGACGAUUGUGAAGGUAUCGAUUUAACUGCUGGAGAUAUCAGAACUGGUUUAGAAACAGUCGCGUGCUUUGGAGAGUGCGAUGAUCCUGGUCUAGUUGAUCGCCUGAUAGAUAAUGAAAGGGUGGAUAUCAUAGAAGAAAUGAAGAAACAGUAUGGAAAUCAAACGACAUUUGAUAAUUUCGAUCCGAUGAAUUCUGGAGUCGACUUUGGUAAAGAAUGGUAUGGGAAAAGCCAUGAACAGGAUGUCAGGGGUCUAUCUCCAGGCUAUAUUCCAGAUGGAUGUAUAGUAUCUGGCUCCAGAGAUGUUACUGCCCGGGUUUGGGCACCAAAUAAAGGUGGACUUGGAUUUACAGAGGGCCACGUGAUGAGUGGACACAGUAAUUUUGUAUCCUGUGUAUGUGUCUGUCCACCAGAUGAUAAGCACCCAACUGGACUGAUUCUAACAGGGAGCAAUGACUCGAUGAUAUUUGGAUACACCCUUGACUCACCCCAACCUAUCUUGCGCCUUGAGGGACAUUCCAACACAGUGUCUUGUUUAGCAGCUGGAAAGUUUGGAACAAUCCUCAGUGGUUCCUGGGACAAAACAGCAAAGGUCUGGCUUAACCAAAAAUGUGUCAUGACACUGACAGGCCAUGAGUUAGCAGUGUGGGCAGUAGCCGUGAUGCCAGAACAAGGGGUCAUGCUAACAGGCUCAGCUGACAAAACUAUUAAGAUGUGGAAGGCAGGCAGGUGUGAGAAAACAUAUAAAGGACAUACAGACUGUGUUCGUGGCCUAGCUGUCCUGAAUGCUACAGAGUUCUUGUCAUGUUCUAACGAUGGUAUAGUACGGCGUUGGAUGAUCUCUGGUGAGUGUAUACACGAGUACUACGGCCACACAAACUAUGUCUACAGUAUCGCUGUCAUGCCAAAUGGUACUGAUUUUGUGACAUCAGGGGAGGAUAGGACACUGAGGGUAUGGUGUGAUGGUGAAUGUGUCCAGACUAUAGCGCAUCCUGCACAAUCGGUUUGGGCUGUCUGCUGUUUGCCUAAUGGAGAUAUAGCCACGGGCUCCAGUGAUGGUGUGAUCCGUGUGUUCACCAAGGACCCAGGGAGGAUAGCCGAGGAUGAUGUCCUAAAGAUGUUUGAUGAGCAGGUUGCUGCCUCAGAGAUUCCAAGCCAAGUAGGAGACAUCAAACUGGAUGAAUUGCCUGGCCCUGAGGGUUUAUUAGAACCAGGAGAGAAAGAUGGCCAGACGAAGAUGAUACGUGUUGGUAAAAAAGCUGAGGUCCACCAAUGGAGUGUGGCUGAAAAGAAGUGGGCCAAGAUAGGGGAUGUGGUUGGAUCUAGUGGUGGAUCACAAGCUACAUCUGGCAAAACACUCUAUGAGGGGCAGGAAUAUGACUAUCUGUUCACAGUGGACAUAGAGGAAGGUAAACCUCCACUAAACCUACCCUACAACAUAGGUGAAGACCCCUGGCAUGCUGCACAGAACUUUAUACAUAAGAACAAUCUCAGCCAGUUGUUCCUGGAUCAGGUGGCUAACUUCAUUGUAGAUAACACCAAGGGGGCCACCCUCAGCCAGGCCCCAGCUGCUGGUUUUGCUGACCCAUUUACAGGAGGAGGUCGCUAUGUCCCAGGAUCUCAAGAUGGAGGACAAGCUCCACCUUCAGAAGGUGCCGACCCCUUCACUGGGGCUGGGAGAUACGUCCCUGGUAGUGCAGCGCCAUCUAUGGCACGUCAACCUGGCGUUUCUGACCCUUUCACAGGUUCCGGGCGCUAUGUCCCAGGAUCAGCUGCACCACCUGCUGCUCGUCCCCCAACUGGGGAGUCUGAUCCAUUGACUGGGGGAGGGAGGUACGUCCCUGGGGGUGCACCUCCUCAAGCAGCCAAUGGAGUAGGGGAUGCCGCACCCUCGGGCAACCAGUAUUUCCCAAAGAAAGACUAUUUGUCAUUUGAUACUGCCAACACUCAGGGAAUUCUAGGUAAACUGAAGGAGUUUAAUACAAGAGCAGGCUCCCUUGAGCUAACUGAUGUUGAGAUGGGAGUAGUGGAGGCCAUGUUGAUAUCUGAGGGGACAUCAAAGGAGCAGAUAAACAUACUCUAUAAGCUUCUCAUGUGGCCAAAUGAUAUUCUCUUCCCAGUCUUAGAUGUACUAAGGAUUGUGAUACAGAGGCGUGACUGUAGUGAGACGUUAUGUAACACAGCGAAAGAGGGCCCUGAACUUAUCAGGCGACUCAUCAGCAUCACAUCAAGUGCCGAUUCCUCCGCACCCAACCAUAUGCUUGUUCUUAGGACUUUUUGUAAUGCCUUCCGACAACCAGCAGGGUCAUUGCUUAUGGGUCUCUCCCAGGAGGAAAUAUAUAACGCAUUGCCAAAUAGUGUGAAUAUCUCAAAUAAGAAUGUUCAUAUAGCAAUAGGGACUUUAUUGUUGAAUUUUGCCAUUCAAAUCAACAUAGCUGGUGACAAUAAGGAAACAUCUCUACAUAAAGUUAUUGAAAUAUUAGGUGUCGUUACGGACCACGAGGCCCGAUUUCGUUUGUUGGUUGCCCUGGGAACAUUGCUAUGGGGAGACCCCAUCGCCAUAGCACUGGCCAAGUCAUUAGACAUUGUCAAUCUCGUUACUCCUCUUAAAUCGAUACAAGACCCAAAGAAGGUUGCUGAAUGUGCUCAAUUUAUUGAAAAUGUAUUAAAUGCUUGAUCUAUGGAUUUAAUAGUUAAAACAAUGAAAAACCUCCAAAAUUGAAUAUCUAUUAGUUGGUUGAGAACUUAAAAUUGGAAAUAUGUUUGGCAUUGCAAUUUGUGUAUGCAAUAUUAAAUUACUAUAUAAAAUGGUUAGAUGUAAGCUUUAAUCUCAAAUGAAUGUGUAUGUUUAACAUUGAUUAGAUGAAUGUACAUUUAUGGGCUUCAAAGCAGGCUACAUGUUCGCAUGCACACACAUUCAUGUGAGAAGCUCUCAUAAUUCGCAUUCAACAUGAAAUAAAAUUAAACUUUUAU